AUGGGCGUCUCAAAGCGAUCGCAUUCCCGAUGGCUCGCACAAAAUUCGUCCUUCGUCUCCCAAUCUCCUGUUCCUUCCUCACAAUCAUCCACCAACGCGAACCAUGCCAACAAUUCCCAAAACAACGCACAAUCCGAAGCAACAAUAACCAGCAGUCGCCGUGACAAGAAGCGGUAUUCCCUCCCUGGACAAUGGCCUUCCUUCACGCCCUCUAUUGCCUCCACGCCUAACGCGUCAUCCAAAAUGACAGCCUCAGCAACGUCACAGCCGGGAAAUCUUACUCCAACUCAGGUGUCCUUUAGGGGGCCGUUAGUGAACCCAAAACUAACCCCCAUUAAGGAGAAUGAUGCGACAACAGAAGAAGACCCGGACCCCAAUGUGGAUGAUGGCAACGACUCCUUCAUGACCGAGGCGUCUGAACUAAGCUUUAUUGAUCCAGUUCAACGGUCUGACUUUGAGGAUCAACGGUCUAACUUCGAAGAUUCACAGUCGGAUGAGGAAGAGCUAUUCGACGGUGAUAUUGUCCUUCGUGAUGCUCCACGACCUGGACCCUUUCACGGAGUGUGGAAACCUCCCCUGCGGACACCAGAACUACCGUGCACUCAUGCAACGCAAGGCGAUACCCAACAUGCUCAAAGAGUGGCGGUGAUCCUGCAGCAGGAACCAGGGUCGGAGGAUAUCUAUAACAGCCUGAUGCAGAGGGUAGAGCGAAUGAUUCGAACUGAAAACGAAUUGGUCACGCAUGGAGAGAGCGCCAGGCGAACCUGUGGUGACCUUACUACCAAGCUAUACAACUUCCUGAAACAGAUUGCAGAUCAAAGGGUCGUCACUGGCGAGGAGAGAACAAUGAUUGAGUUAGAGCAGAAAUGGGCGUAUUGGAUAGAUACUUGCGCUCAGAAAGGGGUCUUGCACUUGAAAACUCCCGGAUGUAUCUGCAAGAGGAAUUGGGGGAAAGGUCUAGACAAUGGAGUCGUUGAAGUCGAUUCUGAAGACGAAGCCGGAUACCCAAGCAUCGAGAUGGAGAUGCAAAGGAAAUAUGUCUUCACACAUGAAUGA